AUGGUCCGGUCUGUUCCCGCGACGGUCAAUCCGCUGAUCUCGCCCUCUCCUGGCAAGCCUUAUCCCUGUUCUGGCUCUGGCGCCCCUGUCGACGCUCUGUGUCUCAACAGCUCUCUUCCGGGUACUCAGCAACAGUUCCCGCUAUCCGAGGUUUCCUUGCAUCUGCGUCUUACGCAAGGUCCUCACACUCUUCCUGUGACUGGUAUCGUCGACACCGGAGCCAGUGCGUCCUAUUUGGUAUCGACGACCUCCUUGUCCCAUCUCCCAUUUGACUCGGUUUCAGCCCCGAACCCAGCAAAGGUUCAACUUGCUGAUGGUCGUUGUAUCCGAGUCAAUGCUCUUCUCCAACUGUCGGUAGCUGUAUGGGACAUUUCGGUCCGAGAAUGGUUCGCCGACGUCGACCAUACCUUUCGUUUUCUGCCACUGCAAGUGGCUGAUUCGGCCCCGUCAAGUAACGACGUUCGGCCCAAGCCCUAUUGUCUCAUUGGUCGGGAUCUCAUAGAUCAUUGGCAGAUCCUCUGUGCAGGCAUUUCUGGUGCAUGGAUCACCGACCGCCAAGUCUACGGCUCGCUUCAGCAGCAUGCCAACAACCAUAUCCCUGAUGUAUGUGUACAGACUGUCCGUGAAGCGUCCUUGGCUGAGAGUCUCUUCUACACUACCGAUAACUUGACGAAGAAGGUGGAGUCCUCGGACUUCUCGGCACUACCACUCGCACCUACCUUUGCCGGGUCUGUGACUGUGCGUCUGUCGCCUCAAGUUGAGGCAGAGUUACAUACACUGUGGAGGUCUAUUGCAGCUCGUGGCUGGCUGGAUGUGGGUUGCUCCGGGUCCUACUGUACUCGGAUUCGUCCUUUGUUUCCGGUUGAGCGCCUUGACUUUCCAGGCCAGACCUACGUGGCAGAGCUCUGGAUUCCGAAGCUCAGCCUGCCGAGGAUCAAAGUCAGCGAUUAUGCUGGAGCUAUGUAUCGUCGACUCACUCCUGCUCUGCAGCAGACCUACUCCGAGCUGGUCUCCGACUUUGUGACCAAAGGGUUCUGGGUUGAGGCACCGCCUACUGGGACAACCUCCUGUCCGACGCCUGUGGCGAACGUCUUCUUAGUGAGCAGUAAACCCACGCCUCAGCAGCCUUUGAAGAGCCGCUUGGUAUGCGACCUUAGGCCGGUUAACUCUGCUUUACCUCCGGCUCCUCUGAAUGGCGGUCCCGGCCUCUUCCAUAUACUGUGCGCAGUCAGGCUAGUUGCGCCUCCUGCCCUUAUAACGGCUGAUAUCAAGUCCGCGUUCUACUCAGUGCACAUCUCUGCGGAGUCCGGUACUGCAUCUAUUACCAUGAAGACCGCAAUUGGCACCUACACCAGUAUCAGAGUUACAUUCGGGAUCGCCGCUGGUCCCUUGGCACUCCGCGGCACCCUGGGCGUUGGUGUCGCGAGCUACCGAGAUAGUGACAUCGCCAGUGGCUCAUGGCUACACGAUUACUUCGACGAUUUGGUCCUUGCUGGUAUGCCGGUGGCAGUGGCCCGAGACCUGUGCCAUCUGCUGCAUUUCCUAUGUCUGGCUGGGUUCCUAUCUCAGGAGAAGAAGUUGGCGGUCGCGACGGCAACUGAUGACAUCCAGGGUAUGCGGUCGGUCUUCAAGGAACACCACGUUGAUGCCACUGUGGGGAACACAGUUUCUAUCUUCAACGUUGCCUUUUCUUACGUUACCAAGGCCGGUCGAACGUUGCUGACUACGGACUGUCGUCGAUCUCUUCGACUUGGCCGAGCUCUCGAGUUUUUCCGCCGAGAAGCACCCCUAUCUCAAAAGCUCACCAAAAAAGAUUAUUUCGGUGUAUCUGGCUUAUUAUCCUUCGAUUGUGCGAAGCUGCACGCUUCCGCGAGGAUGUUGGCAGAUGUGCUGAGGUCCAUUAUUGGAGGUUGUUUUGCCGACAUAGGCUGGGACGUACCAUGUGAUCUCUCGCUAUUGAGCGACGACUAUAAACAGGCCUAUCUUGAGGUUCUUCAGUGGGGUCGAGAGAUCUGCGAACUGGAAGCUCAACCUUGCUCGCAUGCUGUCACGGUCCGUCGUGAUGUGUCCGAGGCUAUAUCGCUCGAGGUCAGCAGCGAUGCUUCGUUGUUCGGUGGAGGGCUCGCCAUCUAUGCUGGCGGUGAGCUUGUAUACGAGGAUGCGGUGCGAUUCUCCCGGUGCCAAACUCUUCACUCCAGCAAUAGACGAGAGCUUCGUCUUUGCUUGCUGGCCCUUCGUAAAGUCGCUGAGAUCUCCGAGUACUGCGCCAAAUCCGCGUGCAAGAAGCGGAGGGGGGUCCCGGUGAACGUAUGCUUUCGAUGUGAUAAUCGACCAAGUUUGGCGUGGAUUCGUUCUGGCUCUCUCAAGCUUCAAUCCUCCAAGCUCCUCGAGAGAAGAGCUAUAGUGCGACUUGUCGACUCCAUCGGCUCGGAGCUUGACAUUAUCCGGAAGCACGGUACAUUAUCAUUGGAGUUUAUUCCGGGCUCUGCUAACGCUCACGCUGAUGCGCUGAGCCGUCUUCUGGAUCGUCCGGUUCAGGGCGCCAAUAACCGUUGUCUCGGUGAGGUGCUGAUUCCCCGCAAGGGGGGCGAGGUGCUGGACACUCGGGAGAUCCUGGGGGAUGAGUGCUGUGCCAUUUUCGACCCGGAGAAACGAAGUGUCGAGUCGCCGUCUCCUGAGGAGAUCUUCCUCUGCAACGACUUCCCCGCGAGUGCCGAAGGUUCCCAACUGUUACAGCUUGCCGCUGAUUCAUGCUGUUUGUUGUCCGACGAUGUGGGGCUGGAAUCACCACGGUGUAGCAAUGGGCUCUCUCCGCUAUUCCUAAUUGACGACUCUUGCCGCUCCACCUCCCUCCUCUCCGGGACUUUGUGUACUGCCGACACCAUCUUCUCUGUGCGGGACACUAUUGGGCGUGUCAGCUCCGACGUUCGUCGUGUCGAUGGAGUUCUCUCAAUCGGCGAUGAACCUAUCAUUGAGAGUAUUGCGAGGGACUGCUAUGAUCUAGAGUCUGCACUCUGGCGUGUGCGUGUCGUGAGGCUCCUCCUACAAGCCUGGCGAGCUGUGAUCGGCAGUGGGACCCCUCCGCAAGCUGACGUCGUCUUUGGGUAUGCUGGUUGUUAUGAUCGGAGUAAUUUGGCUGUCGCUGCUCGAUCCGCUCAGAGGAACAUGCUGACCGCAAAUGAUGGCAAGAAUACCCGGAGUUACCUUGGGGACUGUAAACCCCAAGACGGUGGUCCCCUCCAUCUACUCUCAUGCAGUGACUGCCCGGAGGUCUAUGUGUUCCGCAGCGGCUUGCCAUCCGGUGAGGCCAUCCUAUCAUUCUACAUUCCUCGCACUGCGACCGUUCUACGGCGUCUGAUUCUAUUAGAUGCCCACCGCCGGUCGCUCCACAGUGGUUUAUCUGGUACCCUUGCUGCUGUCAAUCACUUCCAUCUCUCUGCAGUUGUCAGUGCGGCCCGCGAUGUCAUCAGUUGCUGUAUCGCCUGUCGCCUGGCCUAUGCUGUUCGAGGAUGGCAUUCCCCUCCCGGCUAUGGCGAUGGCGAGCUUACCGCCGAAGAGAUGUCCAGGUAUCCUCCUUAUACCUUCGCCACUGCCGAUGUGAUUGCGCUUGGUGAGGGCAUUAAAGCCGUCAGUGUUCAGUGCCGGUUCACGAGGCAUUGUAUAUGGCGCGAUCUACCCUCUGGUGUUGAGUCGACAGCCAAUGUGGUCUCUACCCUGAUUCGCAUCCAGGCGAUCACUGGUGGUAUGAAGAUUUUAUGGGUCGACUGUGCAUGCUACUUCCGUAGCCGCGAGUUCAGAGAGAGCUCUUGGACUAAGCUUUCUGCUGAGGUGCGGCUACUGCCUCGUCAUGCUCCUUGGACCGGUAGUCAUGAGCGUCACCAUCGCUCUAUGUUGAACUACCUCCGCAACAUCACCCGCAACAGCGCUGGCCGUGACCAAGCUCAACUAUUCCUUCGGCAACUGCAUCCGGCGUGCUCUCUCAUUGACGAGGCGAAUAGGCUAACACGUGAGAUUCGUCCGCAGGAUAACCUUGCUUUCGAACUUGCAGUCAUGCAGACCGCCGUUCCUGAGAGUGUGCAGUACUGUGGAACGAACGGAGAGAGUCCAGUUCGGAGCAGCCGUAGCAGCCCGAUACGUCGAUCGGCCCCUUUCUCGCCCAAGUCCGCACACUCGGCUGCCGAGUCUCCUCGGAAGGGUGGAAUGCCAGUCGAAGAGCCUGUCUUGCCGAUGACGCUGGUCGUACGUCUCAUUCAAAGACCACCGCCUAAGAUCGGAACUGAGGACAUGGUCAAGUGGCGUAAGGCCGUCAACGACGUAGUCGAGAAGAUCCGUGCGAGGAAACGUCUCGAACCUCACGCCGUCAGCCCAACUCUGAGCACCAGUGUCCAUGGCCUGAGUCAAGAAGUUGCGGACCUACUGGGCAUUUCACCAUCGAGAGAUGCUGAGCCUCUACACAACGCCCUCUCUGAUGGAAGUGGACACAUCAAAGCUGGUGCGGCACUGCCCACUGCUCCUACGGAGAUAUCCGUCUGGUCUUUCGCGAAGUUUGAGCAGCGACUGAGCCAGAUAAGAGAUAUUCAUCGUCUGACCACUGGCGAUGACUGCAUUGACCUCGAACACUAUCUAGCUGAUAAUCCUGGUGAGUCUCGAUGUGCAGUGUAG